CCUCCCUGGAGGAGCAGCUCCUCUCUCGUCCCGGUCACUGCUCGUCCUCUGCCCGCUGCCCCGUCCACAGCCUCCGGUGAAACCAGCUCCAGUCAUGUCGGUGUUCAGCGAGGUUCCUCAGGCCGCCCCCGUGGCCGUGUUCAAGCUUUCGCAGGAUUUCAACAACGACCAGUGUCCGGACAAGGUGAACCUCGGAGUGGGAGCCUACCGGACCGAUGAGUGCAAGCCAUGGGUUUUACCAGUAGUGAAAAAAGUGGAAAACAUCAUUGUGCAGGAUGGAAACCUGAACCACGAGUACCUCCCCAUUUUGGGCCUUCCUGAGUUCAGAUCUGCAGCCUCCAAGAUUGUACUGGGAGACGACAGUCCUGCCAUCCAGGAGAACAGGGUGGGAGCUGUCCAGUGUCUGGGCGGCACAGGUGCCCUGAAAAUGGGUGCUGAGUUUCUCAGGCGUUUCCACAAUGGAAACAACAACACCAAAACACCCGUCUAUGUGUCCGCGCCUACCUGGGAAAAUCAUAAUGCUGUGUUUGCCAAUGCCGGCUUUGAGGACGUCCGUCCAUACAAGUACUGGGAUGCAGAGAAGAGGGGCCUGGAUUUGUCAGGUUUCCUUGGUGACUUAGAGAGUUGUCCACCGCACUCUGUCUUUGUCCUGCACGCCUGUGCCCAUAAUCCAACUGGCACAGACCCCACACAGGAGCAGUGGAUGCAGAUCGCUGAAGUUAUGAUGAGGAGGAAGCUGUUUGUGUUCUUUGACUCAGCUUAUCAGGGAUUCGCCUCCGGCAGCCUGGAGAAAGAUGCCUGGGCGGUUCGCUACUUUGUCUCCAUGGGCUUUGAAAUGUUCUGCGCACAGUCGUUCUCCAAGAACUUUGGCCUUUACAAUGAGCGCGUGGGCAACCUGACCAUCGUGGCUCGCGAUGCAGACAACCUGAAGCGAGUUCUGUCCCAGAUGGAGAAGAUCGUCAGGACCACGUGGUCCAACCCACCGUCUCAGGGAGCGCGCAUUGUUGCUGUCACAUUAAACUCACCUGAGCUCUUCACUGAAUGGAAGGACAAUGUGAAGACCAUGGCCGACAGGGUCUUGUUGAUGAGGGCUCAGCUGAAAGCUAAGCUCCAGGCUUUGGGGACACCGGGGACGUGGGACCACAUCACGGAGCAGAUUGGCAUGUUCAGCUUCACAGGCCUCAACACCAAACAAGUGGAAUAUAUGGUGAAGGAGAAACACGUGUACUUAAUGGCCAGCGGUCGCAUCAACAUGUGUGGUUUGACCAGCAAGAACAUCAACUACGUGGCCGAGUCCAUCCACGAGGCCGUCACUAAGGUCCAGUAGAAGACCACAUUACCCACAUUCCCCAGCACUUGGUCCCGAGCCGUCCUGAUGCCAGGGACUGUGUUUGUGUCCGGCAGAUUUCCUGGAGCAAACAUCUCAUUUGCACAAAUAUACAGACAGCUCAUUGGCUCCGUAUCCCUCUUCUCUUCAGUGUUUGUGCUAAGCUAGGCUAAACACACCCAGGACCUAUGUCUCUGCUGAAAACAGAGAAGGUGGUUUAAAUAUUGAUCCUCUCAUCUAUGAAAAUAUGGGAACUAUUCCUUUAAAUGAUUAUGUUCAUUAUUUCCCCCCCAGCUUCCUCUGUGUGUGUGUGUCACUUACUCACAGUGUGUUUUUUUUUUGUCCAGCCUGUUCUGUUCGGUUAGUGAUGUGUCAUUACUAGGACCUUCUGGAGGGUUAGUGCAUCUGUGGCUGUGUUACAAUUAUCUCAGUGCUGACUCACCUGUCUAAAAAUGUUGAAUGUCAUACUGUUGAUUCAUCCAUUCCAAGUGUUAACCACACAUUUCCAAUCAGCAUGCACAAAUACCGUGCUUAAGUAACAAUAAAACAGCCAUUAGCUGUUAGCAUGACCAAACUGCCACAAUGUAGCUGUGAUCAGGAAGCGUUUACCACCUCGGUCAUGAAGGAAGUAGCUGGAGUACGUUUAUUGCUCGAUGAAAUGUGAAUAAGAGAUGCUCAGGAAGACAUUUUAACUUGAACUGUGAAAUUUAUUAAUUAUACUGUCCUCGACCCAAAGGGGCAACGCUAAUUACCUCACUUCCAAUCGUUCUUUAAUGCAGUGUUUGUAUUCCGUGGCAUUGAACUGCUCUGAAAGUCAUCUCGGUGUCUUCUGCUGCCGGUUGAACGUUGAGUUGUUGUUAGUUUGCACAGUGAUCGUCUAAACUAUUACGUAAGACUCCAGUCAAUUGCAUAAACACACUAAUGAUCAACCCGUUUGCUAUUGUAGCACUGUGCAUAGUCGACAAUCUGCAGCAGUUGUUUAGAAAGUGACCUGAAUCGGAAAAUGUCCUCUUCAGAAGUUCAAAUGACAUUUUAACCACUCUAAUAAAAACUGUUAAUAGUG